CCGCCCCGCCGGGCUCCGUCCUACAGCCGCCGGGCCCCGAGCGGCCCCGCGUAGGGCUGCAGCCCCGCGCCCGGCCCGGACCCGAGGUUGAUGGUCCCCUCCUCAGCAGCACUGCAGGGAGAAGAUGGCUCAGCCUGCACACCUGAACCAGAACCUGCCAGAUCUCGGCGGCCCGUUUUUGUACAGGGACCAGGAUGAUGGCGAGAAGAGCUCGUACUCAGUGGAAACCCCCUAUGGCUUCCUCUUGGACCUGGAUUUCCUGAAAUACGUCGACGACAUCGAAAGCGGCCAAACGCUCAAGAAGGUGCCGCUGCCGCGCAGGGCGAAAGGGACGCGGCCGCAGCCCGGCACGCUGCGCAGCCCCAGCAGCCACCCCAGCGCCUGGACCUCCACCGAGUCCCUGGCCUCCACGCUCAGCGAAGAUGGGAGGAGUGCAGUGCUGCUUUCCCCGCACGGCCGGGCCGUCCCUGAGCCCCCCGGCAAGCAAACCUCGCUCCCCACGUCCCCCCCGCCUGCGGUGCGGCUGCUCCCACCUCCUGCCCGCAAGUGCCUGGCGCGGAACCCGCAGGUGGAGAAGACCUUGCUGGAGACCAGCAGGAGGCUGGAGCAGGAGCAGAGCCGCUCGCAGCCGGGCGCCCCGAGCCAGGUGCACCCGUGGGUGCCGGCAGGGUCCGAGGGCCAGCCGGGCUCCGUGCGGAUGAGCCCCGGCAGCUCAGGGCGCAGCACUCCGGCUGCAGGGCUCGGGACGGCCCCACUGCAGCACGUGAGGGAGCAGAUGGCCGCGGCCCUGCGGCAGCUGAGGGAGCUGGAGGAGCAGGUGAAAACCAUCCCGCUGCUGGAGAUGCAGAUCUGCGAGCUGCAGCGGGAGAAGGCGAAGCUGAUGGAGAAGCUGUCAGCGGAGCCCAGCAAGGUGUUGUCGGAUCAUCCCGAUGGGAGCGAGGAGCAGCCCCACGCAGAGCUGGAGGGAGAAGUGGAGCCGGCGAAGGGACGAGCGAGCAAGAUAGCAGAGCUGAGGAAGCUGACGGAGAAGCUGGCUGUGCCGGAGCGGGGCGGCCGCAGCGUGCAGGGCAAGAGCGUGGCAGCCAGGCCCAGGGCUGCAGAGAGGCAGUGCCGCUCCGUGGCGGUGGGCGAGGAGCGAGCCAUGAGCGACGCCGUCUUCUACUACCGAUCGCAGCAGCAGGGCAGCGACGUGGAUGGGGGGGAGCGCCGGGACGCGGCCGUGUGGGUGCUGGAAUCCUCGCUGGGCCUGGCCCCGGAGACAGAGAGGGAGCUGGAGCUGCUGCAGCAGACGGUGGGGCACCAGAAGGACGUGAUCGCCAUGAUGGAGGGGCACCUGCGGGAGGCCACGCGCGAGCUGGAGGAGCUGCGCAGGGAGGUGUGCGCCCGGCAGCCGCGCAGCCGUGUGGACAAGGAGGUGACGGCCAGGCCGCAGGUGGCCGAGGCCGUGGUGGAGGCGGCGGUGGCCACGCAGAGCCGAGCGGCCGGAGAGAGCGUGGAGAUGGCGGACGUGGCCGUGGGCUGCGCGCCGCAGACCGCCUGCAUCGGGGUCGGCUGCCGGCCCCGUGGGCUGGACGUGGCUGUGGGGCCCGAUGCGGCCGUGGGCCGUGAAGAUAAAGGCAGCCAGUCCGACGUGAGCCCCCCCGAUGCGGAGCCCAUCGGUACCGGCCCUGCUGACCCCAGCCCUGACAACGCGGGCCCCGCCGGUGCGGGCUCUGCUGACGCAGGCGCUGCCGACCCGCGUCCCACCAGCGUGGGCCCCGCUGAUCCAGGCCCCGCCGUCCCAGCCUGCGAGCAGAUGGAGCCCGCUGUGCGUGAUGCUGGAUGCCAGCAGCCCCCCCCCGGCAGUCCCAGUGCCCCCAGCCCGCAGAGUGCGGCAGUGCUGGAAGCAAUAGGGGCUGCUGCACAUCCCGCGGUGCUCUCGGCGGAGGUGGAGGAUGGCAGCCAGGCGCCGGCACAGGACGGCAGAGCGGCACCCAGCCCUGCAGCCAGAGCCCUGAAAUCUAUCAUGAAGAAGCGGGACGGACCUCCUCGGAGCGAGGCUGAGGGCAGCAAGAAGAGCCUGCAGUUUGUGGGCGUGCUGAACGGGGAGUACGAGAGCACAUCCAGUGAGGAGGAGGAGGAGGAGGAAGAAGAGGAAGGAGACAGCUCCUCCGAGAAGGCUUCAGCUGACAGCUCUGACAGCGAGGAGCCGGGGGGCACUGACACCUCAGAGGAGGAAGAAGAGGAUGCUGAGGAUGGGGACGGACAAAGCGAGCUGAGCAGGCAGCAGGAGGGUGAGGGGGCCAGCACAGCCCCCCCAGAGCCCCCCGAGGUGAAGGAGAAGUUUGAGCUGAGUCCCAGGAUGCGGGAGGCCUGCCUCAUUGUUAAGACCCACCUGGGCCACCCCAUAGCCACCAAGAGCAAGGAGGCGCUCGCCAGCAGCAGCCUGGUCCUGCAGGAAUGGUUCCGUCUGUCCAGCCAGAAGUCAUCCAUCCCCGACACGGUUGCCAACCACCUCCUGGCCUUUGCUGAGCUCUCACCAGCCCUCCUGGCCCACGUGGUCAACCUGGCCGAUGGGAAUGGCAACACAGCCCUGCACUACAGCGUCUCCCACUCCAACUUCCACAUUGUGAGGCUGCUGCUGGACACAGGGGUCUGCAAUGUGGACCACCAGAACAAAGCUGGUUACACAGCCCUCAUGCUGGCAGCUCUGGCGGCCGUGGAGCAGGAAGACGACAUGAAUGUGGUCAGGAGGCUCUUCAGCAUGGGCAACGUCAACGCCAAGGCCAGCCAGGCUGGCCAGACAGCACUGAUGUUGGCCGUCAGCCACGGACGGCAGGAGAUGGUGGAAGCCCUGCUGGCCUGCGGGGCUGACGUGAACCUGCAGGACGAGGAAGGCUCAACUGCACUCAUGUGUGCCUGCGAGCACGGCCGUGUGGAGACUGUGAAGCUGCUGCUGGCUCAGCCCACCUGCGACGUCUCCAUUGUGGACAGUGAUGGUAACAACGCUGUCACCAUCGCGCUGGAGGCAGGACACAGCAACAUUGCAGUGCUCCUGUAUGCCCACCUCAAUGGGACAAAGGCACAGCCACAGCAGGGGACAUCAACAGCAGGCACCAAGAGCCCUGGGAGCCCAAAGAAACCAAAUUAGAAUGACCUUUGGAUCCGGCUGCGUGCCAGCUGGCCACCACCAGAGCCAGGCUGUCACUUGUCCCCCUUCCUGCUGCUCCUUCGCGUGCUGAAUCGCUCCCUGAGGCUGCGGAUGUUUUCCAUCUCCGCUCCACAGAGCAGGCACUGUCCCUGGGCCUCAGUGCAGGAAGUGUCCCACUGCAGCUGCAGGAGCACUGCAGGGCUGCGAGGGGGAGCGGGGCUGUGGGAGGGCAAGCAGCAGCAGCAGCAGGAGAGGGGAUGUGGAGCAGCUGCCUCGCAGCCACAGGAGCAAUUCCAGACUGAAAUAUGCGCUCGUCUUUCCUGGCAUUUCCUUCCCCAACAGAAACCCAGCUCUUCUCUAACACAUGCACACAAAAGAAAAAAUUAUAUAUAUUUUAUAUAUAUAUACACUAAGCAAUAUAUAUAUAUAAAAAGUUGAACAUCAAAUCACUCAAUGAUUUGAUUUGCUCAAUGGGAGCCAAAAGUUCUGGGUGCUCAGGGCUGCAGCCGAGCUGACAGAAGAGAUGAGAGCCACAGCUGCGUUUAGGGACUGAGACUGCCCAGCCUGUGCCAGGAGCCACAGAGAUGAAAGUCAGCCCACAAGCAUUUCCCAUUUUAAAAAUCCCACAGCCACCAACCAUCCAGGGGCUGUCGCUGCCUUCACAAGUCUGCUUGCCCUCCCCAAGGGGAGGAGCGUGGCUGCUAGCUCCAGAAAUAGAGCAGCAAGAAGAGCUCAGACAGCCUAGGGCCUACAGAGAUGGACAAGUAUGUAGGAACGUGUGUCUGUGCAAGUGUGCACCAGGCAGGAUGAGGACAAGGUAAGGAUGAGGACUGACAGCAAACAAAACAAGAAGGCUUUUGCAUGUGAAGCAGGCCCUGCUCUAAGGUAAGCAAUGCUGCAGCCCCCACUGCCACCCCUUGGCUCCUCUUCUUCCACUGAGGCACACAAGGCCUGGUCUGAGCCACCUCACCAGCUGGGAAAUGCUCCCAGGAGAGCUGCUCUGGGCAGCACUCUGCUGUUCUCACCUUGUUUCAGCUUUGCACUGAAGUUACUACAUGAUGCUUACAGCCACUCUCCAGUACACUGCUCUGUAUUACUCCAUACUCACUGCUUUUGUUUCACACAUCUGUUUACUGACAUUUUUAUACUGAUGUUUAUUUUUAAGACAAAUAAAAUUUAAACUUAUUUUGAAAUAUUACAGCCACCAUCAACACUCUCCUGUCUCUUUGUCUGGUUACAGCCCUGGCCCUCUGCACUCCAACCCUGCAGGUUUAUUGAACUGCUUAAAUCCAUCUGUGGUGCUUUUUAUUUCCAGCUGAAGUGUUUCAGAGCAGAAAACCUGAAGCCUGGAUUCAGGUCCUGUGAGGUGAUGGCUUCUGGUCUGUCCCACUUCACAGAACCAAAUGUAGCACUGAGACCAGGUGCAGCCCUUUGCUCCCUGCUGCUAAUGCUGUACAGCUGUACUGCUAUGAACAGAAUGAGGCUGCGAGGUCCUUGCAGGGCAGGAGGGUACAGUGACCACACAGACAAGUGGGGAGGGCUACAGCUGCUCUGAGCCACCCCACUCACUACAAAUGCAUGCCUACCUGGCCACUCACUCACAGCUGAUGCUUUGUGUCAACCAGCAGCACAGCUGGCAGCCCUGCUCUGUUGCCUGUCCUCAGCACACCACAUUCUUUGGUCACUGCCAGUGCUAUGCUGGGAAUGAAAAGCAGUCAGAUAAGAGAACUCCACAGCAGGCCUCUCCUUGCACUGAGCCAGCCCUGGAGAACUCUGCUGUGUCACAAGAACCAAGGGAAGGCAGGCUCACUCUAUGAUCUGAAAUUAAAGGGACACCAAAGAGGAAUCAAGAAUCAGAUAAAGCAACAGCACACACACAUACCUGACAAUCCUAAGCUCAGUAAUUGGAACAUUCAGUUCCACAAAUCCUCUCCUCAACUUUUGGAAGCUCAAACUUUCUUCCUGGUCACUGAAGUGCCUUAAUGAGGUUCAGGACAUUGAAGGAAGACAAAGAUUCUCACCUGAACCGUGACAGUUUUCAGACUGGCUCUUAAUAUUUUGUCCUACCUCUACCUUUAUUUAGCGGCCUAAAAUAAACUUCUGGCUGGUCUUGUGGCAGAAGUGAAAGCUGAAGGCACUGAUGUUGAUUUACUGACACCUUGAAGAAGAAAGGUUAACACUUGCUCUCUGUGGGUGACUGCCAGGAAAGACAGCAAGGAGUUGUAUUUAUAGCAGCACUGAUGGAAUUGCUUACUGAGGACAGAAAGGCUGAGGCAGCAGGCAGUUACUUUGCAGGCUGGUAAGUUAGCCUCCAAAUUAUAACAGAACUUUAUAGAAGCAAGCACAGUAGCACCUCCCUGCUGGUUACACACAGAGCUAGCAGAAGUCAGAAACGAGGUUGCUGUAACCAAAAUAAAGUUAGCCUUGUUACAAGUAACAAGUUAACAAAAAUACAAGAACAGAACAUCAUCAGGAUGAAGGCAUCACGUAUAGGCACAGUUCUAAGAGCAGGCUUCGUU